CUAUCAAGUAUCACCACAAAAAUACAUAUUGUUUCAUCUUAGCCGUCCAAUAUCUUGACACGUCAUCAAUCCGCGUGAACCCUGCGUUUCAACGGCUCAGAUCACAGUUGCAGACACUACUGGUACAACGAACGAACAAGCUCCUAUCCUCGCCUCUCUUCCCCUGUUUUCCAAAUUUUUUCCUUGAAAAAAUAAAAAUUUAAUUUUUUCUCGAGAAAAUUUGUGCAAGCUUUGAACAUGGAAGAAGAGAAGAAAAUUCAACCGGAAACUGAAGAAGAGGAAGAUAUAAUUCUCUUGAGUGAAGGAAGCGAAGAAGAGACGGAGACUGAGACAAAAGAUGGUGUAGAGGAAGAAGAAGACGGAGAUAACGAUGACGACGAAGAUGACGACGAUGACGACGACGACGACGACGACGAAGAUGAAGAGGAAGUAGAUGAUGAUGAUGACGUGCAGGUUUUGCACUCAACUAGUGGACCGCCGGUUCAUUCAGCUGAUGAUGAGGAAGACGAUGAAGAUGACGACGAUGACGACGAGGAUGAUGACGGUGACGGAGACGAUGACGACGAUGACGAUGACGACGACGAGAAUAACGACGAGGACGAGGACGGUGGAGAAGAGGAGGAUCUAGGAACCGAAUACCUCGUCCGGCCAGUUGGUCGUGCUGAAGACGAGGAAGAUGCCAGUGAUUUCGAACCAGUAGAGAACGGUGACGAUGAAGAAAUCAAUGAAGAGGAAGACGACGAAGAUGACGGAAAGGUUGAGGCUCCACCUAAAAGGAAAAGAACAGAUAGGGAUGAUUCAGACGACGACGAUGAUGAUGGUGGAGAGGAUGAUGAGAGACCAUCCAAGCGAUAGGGCUGGGCCCCGUCUUGGUUUGAGGACUGACCAUUGACAUAUAGGUCAAUCUCUCUACCUCUAUCUUAAAUCCAUCUCCUUUCUGUAGAAAGAAGGAUAGGAUGAUUGUGUUUUUCGAUCCUGUAUUAUCAUCCUGAUUACUAUUUUAGGUUAUAUGUUUCAUUUGGGUAAUGCAUAGUUUAUGUUGCGGUGUUUGUGAAAAACUAUCUGAAACAGUUGGUUUAGAAUUUGUGUAAGUUAUGAUCCUUAGAUAAGUUGUAGACUCUUCAAAACUUUCAUCUGUUAGGUUUUACUGCAGAUUUCUAGA